AUGAAGCAAAAAAUUUCUAUCAAGCAUGAUGACUCUGAUGAUGACAGCGCUGGGGGAGGUAAUAAUGAUGGAUUUGCAGUUAUGGAAAAUGAAUUCUAUCCAGAUGAGGAAGACUAGGGUCCAAAACUUUCUCCAGAGGAAGAGAAAAAGGCUGCAGAUGAGAGAAAAAAGUAAAAGAAGUUGGAGUAAUUAGACAAAAAGAUCAAGAAAUUGAGUAAAAAGCAUGAAAAGGAAAAGACUAGUUUGAGGGUAGCUUCAGAAAUAAAGAAUAAAAGGAAGAGAUAGGAAGUUGUGAUACUACAGAAGAUGGCAUAGAAGUAGACUAAACUUAUUGAAAAGCUUAAGAAAAAGAAGGUAAGAGGAGAAGAAGGAGAGGAGGCUAUGCCUAAGGGUGUUACUAAGACUAUUGAAAGCAUGAGAGUUGCUGAUGAAACACUUAUAGCUGAGGGAGAUGAUGAAGAGAUUAAAGGUGACCAAGAGAUCGAUGAGUUCAGCAAAUACUUCAAGAAUGAGACCACACCCAAGAUUCUAAUGACAACUAAUAGACGCCCCAAAGGAGGAAUAUUUGAUUUUCUGAAAGAAGUGAAGGACGCAAUACCUAAUACAGAGUAUUAUGAGAGGAAGAACUUUAGAAUCAAAUAGGUUAUUGAAUGGGCUAUUAAAAGAGAUUAUACAGACAUUCUUGUAUUCUAUGAAAAGCACGAUACUCUGAUUCAGAGUCAUUUGCCCGAUGGACCGACUGCAACAUUUAGAGUAUCUGGAGUCAAGCUGAGAAAAGAGAUUUAUCAUCACGCUGUCCCUUCUUCAUACAAUCCAGAACUUAUUCUCAAUAAUUUUGAUACUAUGCUGGGCCAUAGAAUUGGAAGAAUGCUGGCAUCAAUGUAUCCUCAGUCGCCUAAUUUCCACGGCAGAAGAGUGGUUACCUUUCACAAUUAAAGAGAUUUCAUUUUCUUCAGGUAGCAUAGAUAUGAGUUUACAGAGGAUCACUAGCGAGCAAAUUUAUAAGAGAUAGGUCCAAGAUUUACUCUAAAGCUGCAUGCCCUACAACUGGGAACAUUAGAUACCAAGUUUGGAGAAUUUGAAUACAUUUUCAAACCUAAAAUGGGAGUAAAUAGAAAGUAGUUCUAUAUGUGA